AUGUUGGGUUUAGGCUUGCUCCUCAUUAUAAAUGACAAGAAUCGUUUACACCAGAUAAUUGGGAAAUUUAUAUUUUCAUAUGAUAUGUUGUUGCUCCUCCUUGGAAUGUUUUAUCUUGCAUGCACAGCAGUUGCAGGAGUAGCAUAUGGCUCUAUAUCAACAGGUGAGAUUGCUGAACUCCCUCUCACUAUUCCAAUUUUGUUUUUCUUAAGUUUUUUAAUCAUUAUCAUCAAAUUCGGAUGCACGCGAUACUUUAGAAGAAGAGCAGCACCAAAUAAACUACAAGUUGUAGAAUACGACUUGUGUCAGCUCAAUAAGCAUCAGAAACGAGGUUGGGCUAAAUUGAUUGACUUGAACAAGAAAUACAACUCUGGCGUUUCAGGAGAUCACGUGAUUAGUUUAAUGGAAAACUAUGUGCAUGCUAAGUUGCCAGGUAUGAAAUGUAAAGUGUUGAGAGUUUAUAACAAGAGCGUAAAAGCGGAACAUAACUAUGAAAGUGAGAAAGAGAAUGCUAAUAAAAAUGAAGCAAAGAGCCAGGGUGAUGUCGAUAUUGCACUUCAAAAUAAUACAUCAAAGAAUGACAAGGCUGAUGUACACGUUAAAGAAAAGAGUAUUGUUAAAACACCAUACGAUGAGUUGGACCAAGAAACUGUUCUAUUCCAAAAUGCUCCUACAUUACUCUCUAGUGAACUUUCGAUCCAAUCACUUGAAGAAGAGUACAAGCCAUUGAGCAAGAAUCAGUUGAAGAAAUUGGCCAAAAAGAAACAAAAAGCUAAAAAGGAUAUGGAACUCCAAGCUUUGGAAAAUAAUACCGAGGAGUUUUACCAAGAAUUGAUGACGACCCAGGCAUUAGUACUUUUAACAAUAAUUGAAGAGUUUGACUUGAGUGAAAGAAUACCAGGGUCAAUUGGGAAAAUGUUGCACAAACUUUUUGGCAAGAAUUCUAAAUGGCCACUAUUGUGUAUAAAGUUUGGUCUUCUUGGAUUCCAUUGGCCAUUUAAGAGAUCCACAUUUUAUUGCUCAUCAACAAAGAAGCCAGUUGCCAGAAGUGCUAGCGUAUUGAGCGCAAUCUCGUACUGGAACAAAAAAAAUGAGAAAUGUUCAGUGAUGCUUGAUCCGGGAUACAAAGAUGCUAGUUUUGAGGCUGGAGUAGAUGCUUCCGGGUGGAUCAAAAUCAACUUGCCCAACAGCCAUAUUGUCGAUUUACGUCCCCACCACAAUCAAAAUAGCACUGAGUUUUUUAAAGCAAUCAAGUAUAGGAAUCAAGACAAUGCGUUUAAGCAAGCCAGUGGAGUUGUGGAUGAGUCGUACAAUUUCAAUUUUGAAAAUUGUCAAGAAAUCAUUGUGAUGAAUGACCAUAUUGCACGACUGAGGCAAGAAAGCGGACAAUCGUCACAACUUUUGCAUCCCGAUUGGGAGUUUAUCUACAACUUGGGUAACUACACCAAUGAUCAAAAGUAUAGGUCGUUGUUAUUCUUGAAAGUUGGUGACGAGAUUAUUGCCUCGUGUGUUAUUUUCCGUCUUGGAGAAACAAUGACUUCGGAUAUCCAAGGGUUGGACCAUGAGAUUAGCAAAAAGUACAAGGCAUACUUUGUAAUGAUGCAGGAGGUGAUCAAGAUAGGAAUGAGGGAAAAUGUUAGUUUUAUUGAUUUUGGGCCGACUACAGAAGAUGCCAAGGUGGCUAUUGGGUGUAGUGUUGUGCCCUUGAUAGGAUCAUUAUACCCUAGGUAUAAAUUGAUGGGUCCCAUUAUCAGAUUUGCUGCUAGCAAAGUAGAUGUCUAA